AUGGAGUUCACCUCUAAGAAGAAGGCUUUGAUUGUCCUCUGCUUCAUGCUCUCCUGCCUUCUUCUUCCCCGGGCUUCCUCUGCCGCGCCUCUGUCCAGAAGCCUGUCGCUGAGGAACCGCCAGCUGCCCUCGGACCCUGCUCUGGAAGUUCCUGCCCAGGAUGAGGGUGCGGUGGGAGGUGGAAACCUGGGCGAGGUGGCAGUGAGGAUGGACAUCGAGGUGAACGACUACCCAGGAUCCGGUGCCAACAACCGCCAUGAACCUAGGAGCCCUGGGAGACCAUGA